GUGAGUCACACGUAACCGUCUCACACUCGUUUACCGCGCCGAGAGAUCGCGUUCGAAAUUUAAAUUUCAAAUCGACCAUAAAUACUAGUUUAGUUUUUUUCUUAAAUUGAGACAUCGUUGCGUUCCGUUUUGUUCUUGCAGUGAUUUAUUUUUAAUAAUAGUGAACUGUGAAAGACUGCAAUAAUAAAAACCGGCGGAAGGCUGUUUGCUGUCAGCUGUCAAAACGCUGAAGAUGGAAGCGAAGGUGAAGGAGGAGUUACCGGACAAAGACUACACGCAGCCUACGACCACUGAUAGGCGAAAAUCUUCUACAACGGGCAAAGAGCGAAGAUCACCAGAACAGGAGGAGGCGAGGUCUUCCCCCACACCUGGUCCGCCCAGUCCGCAGAACAAUGGAACUACAGCCACGUUAUCAUCAACGGAGUCGCUAUCCCCGCCGCUAGCGGAAGGCUCCCGGUCGGCGCCGGCGCUGCAGCGGCUGCGGCGCUUUCUGUCAGCGCUGCAGCAGUUCGCUGCAGACGUGGGAGUGGACACGGGCGAGAGGGUGCGUCAACUCAUAUACAAUCUUGUUUCCGGGACACUGAAUAUUGAAGAGUUCCAGUCUGGAGUCCAGGAGUGCACCAACUACCCUCUCCGCGCAUCAGUGCCGGGUUUCCUUCGGGCGUUGUUACCUCUUGCACAGAGAGACUUGCACGCUCGGGCACGCAGAGCGAAACAGACUCCCCUGCAGUACAUCAGAUCACACGAGCACCUCAUCCUGGAGACAGGUGGCGAUAGCAGCGACAUCUUCGCGCCUCAGCAGCCAGGAACGGCUGUAGAACCAGGGGUGAAGCGGAGGGCCAGUGAUCCGUUCUACGAUGCAGCCCAGACCAAUGGGGUACACCAUGAUGACUAUCCUCCGCAGCCGAAACGUCCUCCCCCCUCCAGCUUGUUCAUGAACCCUUCUCCAUUCCUGUACCCUUUGCCAAGUAAUGCCAGUCUUUUCGAGUAUGGUCACCCCUAUCAAGGAUACCACGGCGCGCAGGGAGAAAGUGGCUUUGAAAGAAGAGAUGGUUGCAUCACAGUCCGCGACGUGUCAUCGAUGAACGCAUCAUUCGCCGAGCCGCGGAGCCUCGGAGCCGGUGGUGCAGGGUCAUUAAAGGGAGAUGACGAAUGGAAAAACAUCAACACCAUGUUGAACUGUAUACUCAGCAUGGUGGAAAAGACGAAACGGGCAUUGGCUAUAUUACAGCAAAGAGGUGUGGAACCAACCGAGAGCAGUGACAUCAAACGUGCAGCGAGCGAGAUAAUGGCGACUGCUGUGAGGCAGACCGAGGAAAGGGUGGCUGAAGUCAGGAGACGAGCCGAGGACGCUGUCAACCAGGUGAAACGUCAAGCGCUGCUGGAACUACAGAGGGCUGUUGGCGCGGCCGAGUCCAAGGCAUUAGAGUUGGUGGCAGCUGAACGGGGCAAGAUGGACAGGAUGGUGGAGAGGCGGCACAGCCCGCCACCCGGACGGGACCUGAGUCCCAACGCCUCGGGACAGCAGAACUGUUGCUGGAACUGCGGUCGUAAAGCGCAAGAGACUUGUUCUGGGUGCAACGCCGCGCGGUACUGUGGAGCGUUUUGCCAGCACAAGGAUUGGGAGAAUCAUCAUCAGGUAUGCAGCGGACGAGACCAGAAACCGACAGCUUUACUCCGCACGUCGCCGCCGGCAACCGCGACGACCCUAGCGAAAACGUUAACCCGCUCAACCACGCCGAUCACAGCGACCAGCAGCAACCAAACACCGGUUACGACCGGUUCAGACCGGUUACCGGACAACCGGCUCUCGCUUAGCUCACUAAAUUCCGCUGAAAGGUUGCUAUCUGUGUCAACCAGUCAGGAUCGAAGCUUGUCCUCGACGAAUAGCGAGAGAAUUGCUUUAGCUUCCUUGUCGUCCGCUCAAGGCCUGAUAGGGGGGAUAGGGGGGAAGAAAUGACGCCUUAACAAAGAACAAUUGGGUUCAAUUAGGUUUCCAAGGAAAAUUAGAAGGUAAUUUUUAGGGUUGUUAAGCUACUAUGGUGUUCUUUUAUCAGAGAUAAUGUAGCUUAGGAUUACUUCCCGUCCGGAUAGGAUCGGACUUUCAUUCUUUUAUCCGGAUAUUUCAAAGUUCCAACCGACUUUAAAAAAAGGAGAUUCUUAAUUCGAUUAUACUUUUUAUGUUUGUUACCUCACAACUCUGUCAGUUGUAAACCGAUUUGGAAUGUUUUUUUUUAAUCUGAAAUCAUUAUAAUUAUUUUUAUUUUACGAAUAGAAAUUUUAUCAAAAUCGAUUCAGUGUUUAAGUUUUUAAAUCAAAACAAAUUGGUUUUGUCACAAUUGAAGAUGCAGUUUUUUGUUGGAACACGAUCUUUAAUUAUGUGAUUUUACAGUUCAGAUAUUUUUUCAAAAAACUUUCAAAUUUCAAAAUGGUAUGGCCCUUUUUAAAUUUUAAAAUUAUAGUAAUGAGAAUUUGUAGUUAAGGCGAGAUAAAUCUCUUUUUCCAUGUGACCUCAAUUCAGGAAAAUAUCUUUUUUUCUUUAUUGUUAAAUUUUUUAUCGAUUAUUUAUUAAGUUGAGACGCUUUUGUCUACUCUGCUUUCAUGGCCCUUGUGGUACUUACCAUCGGGCAGGUCGUAUAGUUGUUUGCUAGCGUGGUGAUAUAAAAAAAAAUCAUGUGAUAUUAUUUUUUAUUGUUUAUUUUGUAGAUUGACAAAUGGUUGUUAUAACAUUUAUGUGUAAAUAAUGUAUGGAGAAAUGUAGAAUAGUGUUUUCUAAGCACUGUUUAUUUAUUUUUAUUCGGGUUUGAGUUUAUUAAACAAAAUUUAAAAAAAAUGAUACCUAGUCUUGCAUAGUACCUAGGUACUUUUUAUCUAAUUUGAAUAUUUACACUGACAGUUUAUUUUUAAAACAAUAAAAAGGUAAUGCAAUUAAUUACCUAUACUAAAUUGACUUACAGAGUACGCAGACAGGGAUGGCAACGCGUGAUGGGCACCAUGGGCGUCACAGUUUAUCCAGUGAUGUCCACAGAUACACUGUGACGCCCUGUGAGUGUGAUGUAUAAAAUUACCACUUUCCAUCAACCUGGUUGCCAUUAUAAAAACGAGAAUUAAACAAAAAGGUACAUAAUUGUUGAAAACAGUAUUCUUUAUGUAAAAUAGAAAUUUAUGUUAUUUUUUUUUAUAUUUUUUUUUUCAUAACUGUCUUUAUAUUUAUAUAAUGUUAGGUAGAUACAUGUAGUUAUGUUCAACCAAAGUAUCAAUGUCGUGCAAUCUAAUGCCAUUUUAUUUUUUAUUAUAAAUAGUUUAUGUUGUUAUUACUUUAAUACACUUGUCAUUUCUUUGCACAGUGAAUAAACUUAGCAUUGUUUACAUAAAAGAACUUUUAACUUUGUUAAAUUUAACAGAGGGAGAAUUUGU